ACUGUAAAUCAGCAGAUCCAUGUGUUGCUCACAUUGGUUUUGAUUGUGUUUGGCGUAAAUGAAGUUUCUGUAGCUUGAGUCAAUGAAUUUUAACGAUGCUAAGAACGAGAUCCUCCAGGUGUUGUCCAAGACGGAGAGACAGCAUCUUCCAAAGCUGUUAGAAUGGAUAAAAACCUCGGAUGACCUGGAUGAUAUCCUGGUGGAUAACCAAAGUGUUAUUCUUCACAGUAUUGCAGAGGAUCUAAGAGCUUGCCUUCCAAUGGAAGCUAUGGCUCCUUCUGAGACUCUGGCUAUGCAGAAGACACAACAGAAAGCUCACCCCACUGUGCAUGUGGAUGCAUUCCUAUAUGAUGAUGAAACUGUGGAUUCGUUGUGUGAGGAGGGAAAAAUGAGUCGCACCUACUGCCUCAACUGUGGAUCACACAGAACCGCACCGUUGGAGUUCAUCUCACAUUCAUUCUCAAUCCCAGAGCUCCAGUUCUUAUUCCACAACGUUCUUCCAGAACUCACUGGAAAACUGGUGUUGGAUGUGGGAUCAAGACUAGGAGCUGUGCUGUUCGGGGGAUACCUAUACAGUGCUGCGUCUCAACUAGUCGGAGUUGAAAUGAGUUCUGAGUUUGUCAAGCUUCAGUCAAUGGCUGUAGAGAAAUAUGGCUUCAGUGACAGAAUUCAGGUGAUUCAUGCAGACAUUCGCUCUCAGAUUGCCUUGGUGCAAAAAGCAGAUGUUCUGAUCAUGAAUAACGUGUUUGAAUACUUCAUGGAACCAAGGGAUCAAAUGCAGGCUUGGCUGUAUAUUAGUCAAAAUUUCAGAAAGAAAGGUGCUCUGUUGGUGACUGUACCCAGCAUUCAGGAGGCACUUGGUUUACUUCAGGAUGCUGCUUUCCUAGAAACAUUGUCGCUCAGCCAGUGGAUUGAGGAGAUACCUGUCGAUUACAGUGUUUAUCUAAAAAAUGACACGGAUCCAGAUUCUCUCAAGCAAAUCCAUCUAUAUAGAGUACUUUGACACUCAGAGGAGAAAGCGACACACUUUUUGGAUACAGUGAAACCAAUGAAUAUGAUUGGCCUCCAUGAGGCUUUUAACAGGACAAAUUCAGUUCAUGAUUAUGUAUAGCACUUUCACAAUGUAGAUUGUGUCAAAGCAGCUUAACAUAGUUCUAGUAAAGUCCAGAUUUCAGAGUUGAAGUUCAAUUAAGUGUGGUUUAAUUUUCACUGCUGAAAGUUCAAACACUGAAGAGCAAAUCCAUCGAUGCGCAGCUCCACAAGUCCCAAUCCAAGCAAGCAGUGGCAAUUUUAAAACAAUUAAAAACUAAACCAUUUUCGUUUGUCAACUUUUACUAUUUGCUUUUAUUUUUAAUACGUUUAUACUUUAAAAUCAUCUGUUGUAUUUGCUGUGCAUGUCAUAGAAUAUCUUUAUGUCACUGCUUCAUUUCAAAGCAGCCUUCAUUGAGUGAUAAUAAAUGUUUUCCUGUAA